AUGAAGCUGCUUCUUGUCGUAUGUGUUUGUGUUUGUUUUGCACAUUCUUUAAAGCUUAAGCAAGAAACAAUAGAUAAAUGGACCGAGAUGAGUCACCCACAUGUAGAAAAUUGUGUCGAAAAAUCAGGUGUGGACAAAGCUCUUGCCGACAGCGUCUACACAAACUUGGAUUAUCCUGAUGACCAACAGUUUAAAUGUUACAUGGAUUGCAUGGCAAAGAAAUUUGGAGUACUUGACUCUAAUAAUAAAUUUGAUCAAGAGAAAAUUAGCGACAGUACUGCUCCUCUGGAUCGGAAGAUAGUCGACGACUGUGUUAAAAAAGCAGAACAAUCAUUAAAUACUUGUGAGGUUGGAUACGUAUUUGGAACUUGUAUUAUUUUGUCUGUAGCCGAACAACAAAAUUUAUAA